CCGGGUCGAGCCGUGUUGGUGAAAGCGCCGGGGGUCUGGUAGGUUGACUGACUGGCCCAUCAACGCGUUCGAUGCCUCACUUCCACUACAUACAACAUUCUGCGAGCACAGGAGAACUGCAAUGCUAUAAAGCAUUGCCGGCCCCACGACAUGAUUAUGCUUCUUUUCAUCACACAACACAACCAGCACAGCACAGUACAGCGUUCGGGAUCUGGAUCCUCACACAAUCUUUCACGGCAGCAGCAGUAGUACCACAGAACUUCACUCUUUUUUAAAGUAGCAGAAAGCCAGCCUUUCUCUUCUCUUCCAUCUUUACACUACUGCUAUAUUCCUUCCUUUAUAACCACUCCAACCGUCCAUUCCCACAAUGGUUUCUUUCCGUUCCAUCAUCGCCGUGGCUGCGGCCAUUCUCCCGUUCGUCGCUGCCCUGCCAGCUCCCAUAGCUCCUCUUUCCACCGGCGAUUUCACCAUCAAGGCCGGUUCGAUCGUGCAGGACAACUACAUCAUUAUCCUGAAGGACGAGGUCACGGCUACUCAGUUCGAGGAGCACAAGGUCUGGGCUACCAGUCUCCAUCAUAGACGUCUCACCCGCCGUGACGACACAAGCUUGACCGGUAUCAAGUACAACUACCACUUCGGAAAGCUCACGGGAUAUUCCGGAGCUUUCGACUCGGUCACGAUCGAAGAGAUCAAAGCAAGGGAUGACGUCAAGAUGGUCGAGGAAGACAAGGUCGUGGUUGCCUACAACUUGGUGGAACAGCGCAGAGCCCCCUGGGGAAUUGCACGUAUCUCGCAUGAGUCCGCAUCCGCCAGCGACAACAGCUCCACCACCUCCUACGUGUACGACUCCUCUGCGGGAGAAGGCGUCACCGCUUAUGUCAUCGACACUGGUGUGAACAUCGAUCACAAGGAAUUCGAGGGCCGCGCUGAGUUCGGCACCAACACUGCUGGUGGAUCCGACGAGGACGGCCAGGGCCACGGCACUCACGUUGCUGGCACCAUCGCCGGAAAGACUUUCGGUGUUGCCAAGAAGGCGACCAUCGUCGCGGUCAAGGUUCUCGGUGACGAUGGAUCUGGUACCAACUCUGGUGUCAUCGCCGGUGUCCAAUGGGUUGCCGAGGAUGCCUCCAAGAGGGGCGGCAAGGCCGUCGCCAACAUGUCUCUGGGAGGAACUUUCUCUGCUGCUUUGAACGAGGUUGUCGGCGCCGCCAUCGAAUCCGGUAUUACCUUCGGUGUUGCUGCCGGUAACGAGAACGCCGAUGCCGCCGACUCAUCCCCAGCCUCCGUCUCUACCGCCAUCACCGUUGGUGCCACCGAUCCCGAUGACAGCCGUGCCGUGUACUCCAACUUCGGUGCCAGCGUUGACAUCUUCGCCCCCGGCACCGACAUCGAGUCGGCCUGGAUCGGCAGCACCACCGCGACUAACACCAUUUCCGGUACCUCGAUGGCCUGCCCUCACAUCGUCGGACUCGCUGCUUACCUCAUCUCUCUCGAGGGUCUCGAUUCCCCGGCCGCCGUUGUCAAGCGCAUGAAGGCACUGUCGAUCGCCGGUAUCGUCACCAACCCUGGUCUGGACACUAUCGACAACUUGGCCUACAAUGGCGCCGAGGGACUCGCUGGUAACUCCACGCUCCCCAGCCUCCCCUUCCGCAGGAGGUCUCUGUACACCAGAUACUAGAUAUUUAGAUCCAUGCGAGCGAAUGUUUGUGUUUCAUGCUUUUUCGUUAUGGGGAUCAUUUAAUCCUCGGGCAGGAUUGGGCUUUCUUUGGCGUAUAUACCAUAUUAUACUAUACUUUGCUAUAAAUAUAAGGGGACGAGGAGAGGAGUAGAGGGAUCUGGGAGGGUGGAUGUAUGUAGCUAUCGAUGUCUGAGUUAGAGAUACAUUAUUAUGACAGGUCAUAUAUUAC